GAUGGGGGUCUCACAAUUCGGAAAUGAGAACUUGAGUGAAGAGUUGAGAAGGCAAGUCUCUGCUCCAUGUCCACAUUUCCAGAGAAGCUUCACACACACAGACUGACCGUGCUUGGGCAGACUACCCACCAGCUUGGUCCUCCCACUGAGAGGCAAAUCAGGAAGUUGUUGCUGUACCCAGAACUAGGUGAGAAGCCAUGAAAUCCCUGACUGUGGGAAACUUAGAAGAUUGUCUACUGAGAAAGGUAGACUUGAGGCGCCAGCUGAUUUCCCAGACUAUGGAGGAGAUACAGAAAGUCGUCCACUGUUUGACCACAGAAAUCAGCCACCAAGACAUUAGAUUUCAAGCUGUCCCUUACUCUGACGCUUACAAUGGGAACAUUAAGGUUUUGACCCCCAGCCACUUUCUUGUCACAGUUCCAAUGAAAGGCCUGGCUGGGUACAGGGAGGCCAAGGAACGGCACUGGCGGUACUACACUCUGCAGGGGGCCAGGCUCCGCACCCCUGUGCGGAGCCCAGAGGACCUCCAGCAGUGGCUGGAGGUGAAGCAGUUUAUGAAGAACCUAUGGCAGUGGCAUGAGGCAGAUGUGAAUAUCGAGGGCGACAUCGUGCCUGCCAAGGUCCUCCAGGUGUUCCAGAAGCUGGUAGAAAAUGCAGUUAGAACCUGUCACUUCUCGGGUAAAGUCAGCAUGUUAGAGAGAUACGGCUCUGUGAUUUGGGUUGCCAUGGAAACAUCCGCAUGUCAGGUGGAACUAGAGCUGGUCCCUGCAGUGGAGAUCCCCACCGCCUGGUCUGCGAAAGCCCGGUGGCCCCGAUGUCUGAAGCGCUGGCCUUCCCCGGAGAGAGUGGAGUGCAUCAAGUCAUUUGGGUUUGACUUGUUGGCCCGUUCAAAUUAUCACUGGCAGCUGAGCUUCUGCCGGGCAGAGCAAGUGAUGCUGGAGCUGCUGGAUGAGGAUGGAGGCUGCCGCAGGAAGUGCUUCCAGGUCCUGCGGCAGAUGAAGGAGGAUGUCUGGUGUCCAGGGAAGAGGCCGGUUCUCACAUCCCACCACCUGCAGACAGUGCUCUUUUGGACUUGUGAGAAAUAUCCCCAUUCCAAGGACUGGCAGGUUUUCAGCAAAUCAUUCCUGCGCCUGGUACAGAAACUGCACAAGUGCGUGAGCCAGCACUUUCUGAAACACUAUUUCGUGCGCAAGAGCAACCUCCUUCGGUAUGCCAAUUCGGUUGAACUGGAUGCCGUGGCCCAAAAACUGGUCGCCUUCCUGAAGAACCCCCAGAUCAGCCUGCCCUGA